AUGAUAUUACGUCCGAAUUUAGACUUUGCCGUAAAUUUUCACACGUUUAAAAUCUAUGUCUCGGAAACAGAUUCUUUUCCCGUGGAUUUAGAAUAUACGACACCCGAGUACACGGGAACGGGAAAUUUUGUAAAUUUAAUUCCGUUCGACUAUCAUCAAAAUUCUUAUUUUCGAUCGUUAGCAGCCUGUUACAUCGCGACAUUUAAAUCCGGGAUUUCAGAAAACCAUUUGAAUAAUACCUUGUCCGAUUCACAUUUGAUCACAUCCAUCGUGAAAUUUCACGUUCAUUAUCAGAUGGAAAAAUUUAUGAAAGAUUCAAGAUUAAUGGAUCAUUAUUUAAACGAGGACGACCUUUACGUUUUAGGAAAAUACAUGCCGACGACCGAAACGUGGGAACGACGAACAUUAUCUUCACAUGCAAACAUCGGAACGUGGUAUUAUGGAUUACCUGCCGAUACGCAACAAAAAAUUCGAAACCAACAUUAUGUUCGUACGCGGUACGGAGGAACAUACAUCGUGUACGAAUACUUAACGAAAAGACUUCCGAAAAAUGUCGCGGAAGAUUAUAAAAUAUUCAUUCCAAAAACAUCGCGCGGAUUGACGAAGUUAGGACAACGAUUAUUUCAACAGAGUCUGGAAGUUUACGUCUAUGCCGUUCUUGGACCACAAGCAAAAACCCGUUGGAGUAUUACGGGACAAGGUGCAAAAAGUUUACAGACCCAAGACGUGCGAAAAGUAUUAAAAGACAGUAUCGUCCAGAAUGAUAUCACGACGAUCAUUCGGAACAUGCGUAUGGCGAUCGCAGAUACGAACGUCGUAUUGAAUUUUGCCAUCAUGCCAGGUCUGAUUCUCAUUCCGUCCGACAUGCGGAUUUUACAAAAACCUUUGAAAGGCUACAAUAAUAUUUUAACGUUGGCAAGAAGUGGCAUGACGUUUGGAAAAAAUGAUGACGUGAAUUAUACAAAGACUCCUGUGAAAGAACCAACAAGUCCAGAAAAUCAUCCUGGAACAAGUCCAGCGAAACAUCCUGCAACAAGUUCGGUGAAAAAUCCAGCAAGUCCCGUGAAACAUCCUGCAACAAGUCCUGUGAAAAAUCCUGUAAAACCAACAAGUUUCGUAAAAAAUUCACAAGGUCCAUCUACUCUGGGAAUUGUAACCAUUGUUUCGAUGGGAGCAGCUUACUUUCUAUGGAAAUAAUAAAAUGAGUAUAUUGUUGGGAUACGACUACUUUGACGAAUUCGAAGACAUGAAGAAAAAAGUGACGGAGAUCGAAAAGAAACAGCAGGAUAAUACGGCCGACAUCCAGAAAAACAAGACCGAACUGGUUGAUCUAAGUGAAGUCGGAAGAAAUCCACCCGUUCAGAUUGAUCUCGUACAAAAGGUCGGACUACCUCCGUGA